UUAAACUGUCAGAGGAACCUGAAGCAUAUUCAGAGAGGUUGUGAAGAGCUAAGUCAUGAUGUCUGAUUCCAGAGUGUCCUCAGUCAUCCAGGAGUGGGCCAGCUCAUACUCGGGUCAGGCCCACACCCUGAACCAUACCACCCCAACAGGUCAGCUGGCUCAGAUGGACAUGAUACAGUACAACCAGUCUCAGGGCCUGGUGAGAGGGGGCAGUGAUGACAUGAUGGGACUGUCCUACCUGCCGUACACUUCUUCUUCCUGUCUCAGCAACAACUCGAGCGCCGGGAGCACUGUCCACCACCAGAGCCACGCCAACACUCAGCAGGACUUCUCCUCCUUCCUCCUGCCGACUCUGCGGGCCCCGGUAAACAAGAGGAGCAUCAGCAAGGACAGCGCAGAGUACCGGCAGCGGCGCGAGAGGAACAACGUCGCUGUGAGGAAGAGCCGGGACAAGGCCCGCAGGAGGAUCCUGCUGACCCAGCAGAGGGCCCUGCUGCUGCAGGAGGAAAACCAGAAGCUGCAGAUGAGGAUAGGGCAGCUGACACAGGAGCUAGACUCUCUCAAACACAUCCUGUCACAGCGGCACCUGCAGGGGGCCGAUGAGGGAGCAGCAGGGGCGUCCAGCAUCUAGAGCCGCAUUUGUAUCUGAUUGUAGGUGUUAGAUUCCUGAUAAGUGUCUGUAGGCCUCAAAAAUGCCUCCCUGUUGAUUUUUCAACUAAAGAAGUGAGGAAGUAAUGCCAGGUGUCAAAGGGCUCAGUCGUAGUUUUGUAUUGUAAAAUUGUGAGGACAGAAAGCGUAACACACUGGCAGGGCUAUAACGGCCAUUGAGGACACUGAGGUCACGUCUUUUUCUUUCUGGGGUUUAUGGCACAUUUACAUAAAAGCCCUGUAAACUGUGGCUAUUGGUUGCUUUUCUUGUUGGGCUCUCUGUGCUUUUACAGUAGGCUUCAUAUUCAAUUUACAUUGAGAAGAUGACAUAUUUAAUACACACAUAAAAUUACUGUAGUUAAUAAAAAAAAACAAUGGGUUUUCAUUUCAACUUUAAAAGCAGCGUCUCGUUUUUAGCAGACAAGCGAGGUCUUUAGUUGGCUGAAACGACUGUCGCUGGCAGAUUUGAUCUGAUCAGUUGCAACUUGCCAUGGGAAGCCAUUGCUACAUCUGUCUGCAGCUGACUUUUCAAUGUUUCCAGCUGACCCUUAAGAUGUAUAUCACUACGACCCGAUAUGCACGCCUUCAACAUGUGGAAAAAUCUGAAGCUUGACAGGUUGCUAGUCAAUUCUGCUAAUAGUCAAUUCAGUGUGGAUUAGGCUUUAAAACAACGUUUCAAGAUGGUAAAUAACAGACAAUAUGCAGUAUCAUUUAACUAAAUCAAUAAUUUAAAAUUUGAGUAUUCGUUUUUGGUGUGUGUGGGACGUUCGUCACAACCUCAGUGUUUCUGAAAUAAUGGCUCACUAGACCUUUUGAAUAAUUGAAUUAGGCACAUGAAUAUAAAGUAGGAAGACGUGUGGAGGGUUUGAAUGUAGACAUAAUUGUAUAUACUAAACUGUGAGUGACUGGAGAGUGCACAGAAACCUUAAGCGAGACUCUGCAUAUCAAGAUUAGUAAAAUUGCUCUGUGAGAUGGGGGAAGUUGUACCACAGCUCCAGAAAUUCUUAAUACUGUCCAGAAACAAAAAAGUCAUGAAGGUAAAAACAACAUCUUCACAUACAUGCAUAAUCCUCAGAAGAAGACCAUUUUGUGCAUUGUACAGAUUUGUUUUUUGAUUGAACAAACAUUGCCGACUCAUCGACACUUCUUGUCAUUGUCAGAUAUGAUUGUAAGGUUUGUUGCCCAACGAGGUUACACAACCAACUGUGGUUUGAAGGGGAUUCAAUGAAAUCUAAGUGUCGCUCUCUGUAUAUUACUUCUUUUGUCACUAAAUGAGCGUGGGAUUACUUGAAAUAAUGUUGUCGCAGUUUUAAAUAACGUGUAAUCUUGCCGGUUGUCGAACGUGUUUUAUGACUUUUAUUGUAAUGCAUCGUUAAAGCAAUACUUUUGUCACAUGUUU